AUGACGCAGCCUCGAUUCCGCCCGAAGGACGAGUCGCUUGAGGAGGUGGAGCGGGCGCGGCUCGCCGCCGUCGAGGCGCUGCGGCGGCUCGAGGGGGAGGACCAGCACGGCGAGCUCAGGCGGCCUGGAUUCCGCCCGAAGGACGAGUCGCCGGAGGAGGUGGAGCGGGCGCGGCUCGCCGCCGUCGAGGCGUUGCGGCGGCUCGAGGGGGAGGACCAGCUCGGCGAGCUCAGGCGGGCCCCUUCUAGACGCAGCGGCAGCGCGGAGCGCCAGAGCGGCGUCAAAUAUAUCUCCUGGGACACAGGAAACAAGGCGUGGCGUGUGAAGCACACGAUACAGAACGGCCCAGACAAAGGUUGCACGAAGCAUGCCUACUUCCGCCCGAAGGACGAUCGCCGGAGGAGGUGGAGCGGGCGCGGCUCGCCGCCGUCGAGGCGCUGCGGCGGCUCGAGGGGGAGGACCAGCUCGGAGAGCUCAGGCGGGCCCCUUCUGGACGCAGCGGCAGCGCGGAGCGCCAGAGCGGCGUCAAGUACAUCUUCUGGUGCAAAAGUGGCCAGGCUUGGCUUGUUCAGUACAGGAUACAGAACGGCCCGGACAAAGGUAGCGUGA